GUGAUUAGCUGCUGGCAGCAACAAAGGACCUGUUGGAGACUUUGCUCUAUAUUCAAAUGCAAAGAAUGCAGGAGCAAUGUGGCCAACUAUCACAGUCAGGAGACCACGGGGAAGACCCUGGACACGGUGGACAGACUAUGUCUCCCAGCUGAACUGGGAACGCCUCGGUUAGAGCUGGAAGUAGCUGGGGAGAGGGAAGUCUGGGCUUCUCUACUUGGGCUGCUGCCCCCGCGACCCGACUUCGGAUAAGCGGAGGAAGCUGGAUGGAUGGUACCUUGGCGUGAUGACGUCAGGGUGAAGGUGCGAACACGUGACACCACCGUGGCGCUGGUCGCGGGCCGCAGGAGGAGGAGGAGGAGCCUGCAAAGGUGUGACCUCCAUCGCCCGAGUGGCUUCCCAGUCUUUCAGAGGACCUGGAAGAAGACGACAGCUUAAUUAUGCUUUUGUAAAAGAGUCUAAUAUCUUUGAAAGUUGCGCCGACGUCAUGAAUUUGUUGUUUUUCGUCCUUCUGGCCGUGCAAAUGCAGAGCGUGUCUCCCGAGAAUCACUACAUGCUGUAUUCGCAAAAUAUAGAAUCUGAAGAUUCACACGUCACAGAGUACAGCGAUCGGUGCGAUCUGGAUGGAGAUGUUAUUUGGCAAUACGACAACACCAACAGGAACGUCCUACCCAAACAGAACUGGAUGAAGAAGAUCACAGCAGAGAAUCCACAGUACUGGCAGAGAGCGACAGAGACCAGUGUUGCUGCUGAGCAGUUCUGCAGAAGCAUGUAUAAACCUCACAUGAAGUAUUACACCAACCCUAAAGUUACUUACUACGGUAUGUGGGGUUCUGGAUGCGAAUUGGAUGAAGACACUGGUGAGAUCACAGGUUGGUAUUGGGAUAGGUAUGAUAGAGGAAACAUUGAGGAAAGGAAGACAUGGAGAUGGACCGCAGCAAAAGAACAAGCAGAUCCCACCAAACUGAUCUGGGAGGACGACAGAGCACCACCAGAGUACUUCAAGGACCACAUUGAGAAUUGUCCUUCUGACUUGAAGAAGUACUUGGCUAUCCUAUUGAGAACAGACCUUCCAAUGGUGUCUCUACACCAGAACACACCGUCUUCUCCAGUCAGCUGCAACGCAACAGGUUUCUACCCCGACAAAGCCGUCAUGUUUUGGAGGAAAGACGGCGAGAAGCUCCUUGAGGGUGUGGAGCAAACAGAAAUGCUCGAAAAUCAGGACGGGACCUUCCAGAUGUCGGUGGACCUGAAGGUGGCGGGCGACAUGGAGGGCAAGUACGAAUGUGUGUUUCAGAUGACUGGUGUCAAGGAGGACAUCGUCACCAAGCUGGAGAGCAGAAGCGUCCUGAGCGGUGAAGACCUCAAUACAAGCACAUCUGGUGACACAACCAUUGAGAGCCAAGCCACGAUCCGACCUAGUACCACCAGUGGCAGCUCCGAUGUCACCACUGAGAGCAACCAAAACACCACCCGACCUAGUACCACCAGUGGCACCUUGGAUGCCACCACUGAGAGCAACCAAAACACCACCCGACCUAGUACCACCAGUGGCAGCUCCGAUGUCACCACUGAGAGCAACCAAAACACCACCCGACCUAGUACCACCAGUGGCACCUUGGAUGCCACCACUGAGAGCAACCAAAACACCACCCGACCUAGUACCACCAGUUGCACCUUGGAUGCCACCACUGAGAGCAACCAAAACACCACCCGACCUGGUACCACCAGUGGCACCUUGGAUGCCACCACUGAGAGCAACCAAAACACCACCCGACCUGGUACCACCAGUGGCACCUUGGAUGCCACCACUGAGAGCAACCAAAACACCACCCGACCUAGUACCACCAGUGGCACCUUGGAUGCCACCACUGAGAGCAACCAAAACACCACCCGACCUAGUACCACCAGUGGCACCUUGGAUGCCACCACUGAGAGCAACCAAAACACCACCCGACCUAGUACCACCAGUGGCACCUUGGAUGCCACCACUGAGAGCAACCAAAACACCACCCGACCUGGUACCACCAGUGGCACCUUGGAUGCCACCACUGAGAGCAACCAAAACACCGCCCGACUUAGUACCACCAGUGGCACCUUGGAUGUCACCACUGAGAGCAACAAACCCACCACCCAACCUAGUACCACCAGUGGCACCUUGGAUGUCACCACAGAGAGCAACCAAAACACCACUCGACCUAGUACCACCAGUGGCACCUUGGAUGUCACCACUGAGAGCAACAAACCCACCACCCAACCUAGUACCACCAGAGGCACCUUGGAUGUCACCACAGAGAGCAACCAAAACACCACUCGACCUAGUACCACCAGUGGCACCUUGGAUGUCACCACUGAGAGCAACAAACCCACCACCCGACCUAGUACCACCAGUGGCACCUUGGAUGUCACCACUGAGAGCAACAAACCCACCACCCGACCUAGUACCACCAGUGGCACCUUGGAUGUCACCACUGAGAGCAACAAACCCACCACCCGACCUAGUACCACCAGUGGCACCUUGGAUGUCACCACUGAGAGCAACAAACCCACCACCCGACCUAGUACCACCAGUGGCACCUUGGAUGUCACCACUGAGAGCAACCAAAACACCACCCAACCAAUUCCUGAGCUCACCAAGUCCAAAGAUCAUCUGGAAGAAAAGGUGAGCUCAACAGACGAGGUGUGCAUCGUCUGCGUUGUUGCCACGUCGGUGAUCCUUACGACGGUGGUCUAUCUGUUGAUCGCCAUCAUCAUCGUGAUGGUCAAGCGUUACAGAGAGAGACAUGCUCCCGAUCCGGUCGUCCUUGUCUCAAUGAGAAUGCUGCCUGAGUGAGAUACGGCAGCUGGACUGCUUGUGAACUGGAACACCGAGAUGUCUCCAUCAUCAUUUCACUUGGAGAUGAGAUGUACUUUGUUCUUCAUGAUACAUUAUACUCAUGCUUUACCAUGCAAUGUCUCCUUUGGAUGCUUAGAAAAUGCGUUAUGAUCAUAUCAUGUUUUUGGUGUUUCCUAUUGAUUUUAAUCUUUAAGUGUGUGUUGAAAUGCAAGCUAAGAGUCGUGGUAUCACCACUGUUUAUAGAUGAAUAUCAUGUUGUGUUGAAAUGCAAGCUAAGAGUCGUGGUAUCACCACUGUUUAUAGAUGAAUAUCAUGUUGUGUUGAAAUGCAAGCUAAGAGUCGUGGUAUCACCACUGUUUAUAGAUGAAUAUCAUGUUGUGUUGAAAUGUAAGCUAGGAGUCGUGGUAUCACCACUGUUUAGAGAUGAAUAUCAUGUUGUGUCACAUUUAUUUCAAUAAAUCAAUUUGUUCAGUCUGGUUCUUAAAUGAGGACCAGUCAGAAAGUGAUGUUAAGAGAACACAUGAAGAGAACAAGAGAAACAAUUGUGUUUUUUUACAGCACAAACUGAAAGCCAACUAAGAUUAAAUACCUUAGAUGAAAGCAUAAAGUAUUAUAUUUUGGUAUCACCUUACAUUACUAACAAUAAGCUCCAUGAUAUGCCAAAAAUGGAUUUGUCAAAAUUCAAGUGCAAUGUUCUUGUUCCGUUGGUGGACACUCGUUAAAAGCAGUACCAUUCCAGUGUGACCACAGCAUUGUCAUUUUAUUUUAGUUAAGUCAUUUCAGGGUUUUACCUUUGACCAAUAACCUUUAACAGUUAAUUUUGUUUGACCAGAGUGACAAUUUAAAUGUUAAAAAGUUAGAUGCCUGCACAAGUGAUAUUAAUCACGAAAAUUAAGAUUGUUUUUCUUUUUGCAGUGGCAAGCUUUCUUAAGAUUAUUGUAUGAAGAAUGUUAAAAUAACAUUGUUAUUUGUGUCGAUAAUAAAGAUUUUUU